UGUCAGAAGCCUGAAAUAUUGCAGUGACACGAGAGAGAGAGAGAGAGAGAGAGAGAGAGAGAGAGAGAGAGAGAGAGAGAUGAGGUUGAAUUUUGGUUUAAAACUUCUCUUUCUUGUUCUUCCCUUCGUUUCAGGGGAGCAACUUAGUUCGAAGGAAUGCGAGGAUCUAGGGUUUACUGGUCUUGCACUCUGCUCCGACUGCAACACAUUCGCCGAAUACGUCAAGGAUGAUGGAUUGGUAUCUGAUUGUAGGAAGUGUUGCACAGAGGAUUCAGAUGAUGCCUCAAACAAGAUUAUCUAUGCUGGAGGAAUAAUAGAGGUGUGCCCGAGGAAACUACCAUUCUAUCCUGAAAUUGCAGGGUUUCUUGAGGAAGAGAAGGAUCAAUUUCCUUCUGUCAAAGUUCAAAGCGUUUUCAAUUCUCCACCAAAACUUAUCAUGUUGGAUGAUGAUGGUGAACAAAAGGAAACCAUUAGACUGGACAACUGGAAACGUGAACAUAUACGAACAUUCCUGAAGGAGAAAGUGAAGUCUGGAUCAUCUGCAAUAUGAUAGGAGAAGAUUCUGCUUGAGUUUAUCUAUUCUUUGUUGCUGCAAUGUUCUGAUUCUGUCUUUUAAUGAGAAAGCUGGUGAUUAGUGAUUAAUAGGAAAAGAGGGACUUUUGUGUUCUACUAAUAUAGCAUUCCCAAAAUUUCUCA